AUGUGCCACGACGGAAAUUCUGCGACCCAGUCGGUCCGCUAUCUCAACGCCCAGCUCACUGCGCUCUACCAGAACGCAUACGAGUGCGUCCACGACUGCGAGGAUUCGCUCGACUUUACAUCCGUCGAGUAUGACAAAUCAAAGUACAACCGCUCCCUCGCUCAGUGGCACUUUGUCCCAAAGCCCAAAAAAGUCUUUUCGACUGCCGAACUCUUCUUCUCGGCCCACUUUGAACAGCCAAAACUCAUCUUCAUCUGCAACCACGAGGCUAUUCUCUAUGUUAACAUCAAAGAGGGACAUUAUAACCUCGAGCACAACAAGGUCUCCCUCUCCAACUAUCGUGUCGAUGCCACCAAGAACCGCCCUAUCAAGGACGUUCAGGUCGCAUUCCGCAUGACCUUCUCGCGCGCUGGCAUCAAGGGCAGCAGCAGCAAAAUUGGCAACGGCUCGAGCCAUCUCAUCCAACUCAUGAUCCUCGACUUUGCUGGUGCCAAGCUGCAGUCUUUCCGCCCAACCCAGCCCCAUGAGGACACCGAGGCACUCUCGUUCUACAUGCGCCAGUACCUCCAAUUCCUCGAAAAUGGUGGCUCGCACACCCUCUUCGACAUUCCAGACUUUGACGACGACAAGUACUCGCCCACGAUCGAUUACUCGCUCAGCAGCACCCUUGCCGAUGUCGAACAGCACUGCACCGACCAGAUUGUCUGCGGUGUCGAUCUCGAACAGGUCAACAGCUUUUUGCACAAGAAGUGGCUCAGUGUCGCUCGUCUUGGCCACCCUGCCGACAAGCUGUCCAUUUGCCUCGCUGAAAUUAGCAGCAAGUGGGUCAUGGGUGCCUCUAUCGACGCAAAGUUCCACAUCCAGUUUGGUGCCCCCAAGGUCCGCGCGCUCUGCAAGGACGAGGUCAUCUUGACCUAUACGAUUGAUUCGAUCGCCUUUUUCAAGACGGACGAUUGGGCCAAGGAGAAGCCAGAGGAGUACUCCAACUGGCAAAUCGCCUUUAUUGUCGACGUCUGCGAGGAGAAGGAGUGCGAUGGUAGCGUCACCAACCUCCGACUCAACCUUGACACUGCUCGUUUCUCCCACCACUUCUCGGUCGUCACCGAGACGUGCGAGACUGCUCUCGCCUACUUCUAUCAGAUUGUCCACUUCCUCUCGGUCGACUAUCUCGAUGUGAUCACGCAGUACAAGAUGCACCAGAUCUAUCAUCACGAUACUCGCGUCGUUGUCGUCAAUACCCGCACGACAACCACGACUGGCUAUGUCAACACACACGAGCACGAGUCUGACGAGUUUGAUGAGACCGAAACGACUACGCAUACGCACACGACAGGCGGUGCCGUCACUGGCACCCAGGAGGGCAGUGGAUGGACCAGCGGUACCCUUGAGGGACACAAGCACCAGCGCGCUCAGGGCACAGUCAAGCUCGUCAAUGUUCGCAUUUCCAAGACGAACAUGCACGGCUACGACCAGGUGCUUGCCGUUUCGGAAGAGUCGAUCAACUCGUUGUUCUACUCUCUCUGGACGCGCUCGCAGCACUCCGAAGCCGACGCAUCGCUCGCCAAGUGGUCGAUGGACAUUUUCACCGCUUCGUUUGACGCCAUGCGUGUUCGUCUGCUGAGCAAUGGCAAUGCCAUCGUCUGGGUUACCAUCCACGACGGUCAACUCCGCGUUAAGAGUGAAGGCGAGAAGAAGAGCUGGUGGAUCCGCACUGCCUGGAAGCCAGCCAAGCCCACCGACAAGACGGAAGUGCACGAGUUUAGCGAUCUCUGCCUCGCAUUCGAGGUUCCCGUCAAGAUGGAGGACCAGGCCUCGAUGGCUCUCAGCGACUCGUGGUUCAGCCGCUUCAAGCUCUCGCACCUCUUCCAAGCUCACGGCGAAGUUGCCGACCGCAGCUUCAAGCAUCUCGUCCUCGACUUUUCGCGUGCCAACUACCGCUCCGAGCUCUCCAACGUCGACUGCUUGUGCGAGGGCAAGGGACGUCAAGUCGUCGACAAGCUCGAGACGGCCAUUUGCUACACCAAGAAGUAUCUCGCCGAGAUGGGUCACCACGGACACAAUGUCAUCCACACAAUCCCCAUCUUCCCUGGCAGUGCCAAGUCUCUCUUCGGUCUCACCUCUGUCGCCCACUGCAUCGUCAGCAAGAACAAGGUCACCGUCGAGACAUGCGGCCACGCUCGCAAGGCGUCCGAGGCUCCCGUCAUCCUCAUCGUCGGCAACUGUGGUGGUCGUGCGCUCAACUUUGUUCCUCCCGAGUGGAAUGCCGGCUGGGUCAUUGCCGCCAGCAAGUCGUCGUCCAGCUCGCUCGGAACCGUUUGCCUCGCCAAGUCUGCGUUCCUCGAGGGUUGCCUCUUGAAGAACCUCGAGGUCAUCAACGCCCAAACAACCAUUGUGCCCAACUUUGCCGGCGUCAUUGACGGCCAGUGGAACUUUGAGCUCACGACAUGGGCCAAGCACGCCUUCCGCAAGAGCAGAAUCUGCAAGUGGAAGGCUGUCGAAAAGUGCGACGAAGGUACCCUCCAGUACAUCUGGGAGCACCGCGAUGGAUGGAGCCACGAGCACGAGGGAACUGCCCACGACGAAAAGGACGGAGAGUACUCGAUCGACUGCCGCACUCGCAACAAGCUCACCAUCCCCACGGUUUACCGCCCAGGAUGUCUCGACAUUAUCCUCACUGGCGAGUCUACACUCAAGGUUCGCGGCAAAGAGGCCUGCAACGAAUGGAGCAAGUCUUCGAGCGCGACCUGGUCUGCUACCAUCCGCAUCAAGAGCACUGGUGCCGGCUUGAGCGUCGAAAUGGCUGGUUCCACCAAGCCCGUCUUUGCUGAGCCAGUUUGCUGUGGUGACUGCCACUUGGAUGUUGGACGUAUCCACUCGGCCAACCUGCCACAGACCAUUGACUUCCAGGCUGCGCUCAAGGAGCUGCGCUCGACUCUCCAGGGUACCUGGGAGUACUCGUCUCCUGGACACCUCGCCUAUGCCAUCACCAACCCCGUCUUCACGCUCAAGGGUGACCUCGUUUGCCAACUCUCGUCGUACGAGGCGCUCUUGAAGAACCAGGUCGCCGCUGCUACCGCUGCUGCGUCGGCUGCGUCUGCAUCUGCAGCUGCCUCUGGUGCUUCGACUCCAGGUACGCCUGCUCGCAAGAGCCGAUCGCUCAUCCAGCGUGGAACGAUGUACUUGAAGACGCAAGGCAACUCGCUCAUCAACCUCGUUGACCACGGAUCCGGUCUCCUCACCGGCUCCUCGUCCGCUUCGGCCAACACGCCCCUCAUCCAGACUCCAGCUGACGCACCAGCCGGCGGUAUUGCAGGUGCCAUCGUCGCUGCUGGAAGCCAGUCCAGCUUCUUUUCCACUAGCGCCACUGGAUACUCUGUCGGUAGCGAGAUGAAGCUCGAGCGCCAGGCAUCCCAGACAUCGCUCAGCGAGUCCAAGACGACCUCGACGACGACGACCACGAGCGGUGGAAAGACGACGACUACGACCACAGUGUCCAAGAAGACCUCCAAGGGUGAGGUCAAGGCUGAGGGUUUUUAA